AUGGACAACUCGACAUCUACAGAUAUAUCAUCUAUCGCUGCUGCUACAGAUGUAUCAUCUAUUGCUGCUGCUACAGAUGUAUCAUCUAUUGCUGCUGCUACAGAUGUAUCAUCUAUCGCUGCUGCUACAGAUGUAUCAUCUAUCGCUGCUGCUACAGAUGUAGCAUCUAUCGCUGCUGCUACAGAUGUAUCAUCUAUUGCUGCUGCUACAGAUAUAUCAUCUAUCGCUGCUGCUACAGAUGUAUCAUCUUACGCUGCUGCUACAGAUGUAUCAUCUAUUGCUGCUGCUACAGAUGUAUCAUCUAACGCUGCUGCUACAGAUGUAUCAUCUAUCGCUGCUGCUACAGAUGUAUCAUCUAACGCUGCUGCUACAGAUGUAUCAUCUAUCGCUACUGCUACAGAUGUAUCAUCUAUCGCUGCUGCUACAGAUGUAUCAUCUAACGCUGCUGCUACAGAUGUAUCAUCUAACACUGCUGCUACAGAUGUAUCAUCUAUCGCUGCUGCUACAGAUGUAUCAUCUAACGCUGCUGCUGCGGAUGUAUCAUCUAUCGCUGCUGCUAAAGAUGUAUCAUCUAACGCUGCUGCUACAGAUGUAUCAUCUAUUGCUGCUGCUACAGAUGUAUCAUCUAACGCUGCUGCCUGCUACAGAUGUAUCAUCUAG